CACCGACGGCUGACCGUCUCUUCCUCCCUUCCUCCUCUGUUCGCCGUCACGCCAACGGACCUACAAUAGAUCACCCCCUUCCUUCACCGCUGGUCUUGAAGUCCGACGCCAUACCCUACUCCUCCUCACGUCUGGCAUAGUCAUGUCUCCCGAGACGCCCUCCCGGGAUCCAGAACCCGCGGCGGCGGCGGCGACCGUAGCCGCCGAAGCGCCGGUCACUGUCGGAGGGAAGCAAGGAGGUCUCCUCCACGAUCUAUCCUUCUCGGUCUUGAAGACUCGGGGCGGUCAUCGAGUCGUCCGCUGCAUGGACAAGGAGAACGUCGGAGCCGCCGGCGCCCCACGAUUGUCGGACCUCUCUGAGACUUCCAGCCCGCGGAUCCGUCUCCCUUCGAGCAGGGUUCGUGACCUUGGGGUCGAGGAGGUCAGGGAACGGCUGUUGGUUCACCUCCGAGAGGCUGCUGACCGGAUGAAGCUAGUGCUACCCGAGGGCUAUGGCGACGACGUGCCGGCGCCGGCGAAGGAGGAGAUGCCGCAUCGCGAGGCUUCCGACGCGUCGACGGAUCUUCCAUGGAAUCUGAGAACCAGGCACCGAGUCGCCAGGGAGAUCGAGCGGCACCGAUAUGGGUCGCCGCCGCCUCCCACGACGACGGCGAAGAGGGAGGUCUGGCUGAGGUCGGAUGAUCCGAAGAAGAAGGAGCGGCCCAGAUUCUCGAUCUCGCUUACGAGGGAGGAAAUCGACGAGGACAUCUACGCCGUGACCGGGUGCAGGGCUCGCCGCCGGCCAAGAAAACGACCGAGGGUGGUCCAAAAGCAGCUCGAGGCGCUGUUUCCCGGCUCAUUUCUGUCGGAGAUCACCGCCGACGCCUACAGGAUUCUAGACGAGCGGUAACGUCACCGCGAGCGACGCGACGCGACUCUCCUAUUCAUUUCGUGGUGCCGUAGGAUUCUCCUGAGAAAACUCCACCAUUUGUUCGAAGAAUGGAAACCCUCUUUGCCUCAGAACAAUUCAUCGUGUAAUCGCGCUGCGCUCUGCCUAGUGGUCCCAACGGCCACCUAAUACCUGCUUCAAUUGGGUGAGUAAUGAUGGCAAUGUCCGAGAUAACUUGAGAUUUCUUUUCAAUAUAGCGUCUCUCUUUGAUUCCCUUGUUUACUUACAUGGACUUAGUUUACUAACUAAUUUUGUGUGCUGGAA